AUGUCGGACAAAAAGACAGCAGGAACUGCAACAUCAGCAACAAAAAAAGCCUCUGUUGCCAGUAAAAAACCAGCUACAGCAACACCUGCUCCACCCAAAGCUGAAAAGGUCGAAGCAACUAAGAAACCAGCANUACGAAAAACAUCCUCUAAGAUGCGCAUAACGAACGUUGUGUUACACGAAUUAAAUACCAAUGCUCGCAUGUAA